AUGGACUUACCAUCCACCUCCGUCGAUGCUUCUACUUGGAGCAUUCCACCCGGAAUCCAGCUUGCUGACCCAACUUUCCACAGCCGCAAAUCAAUCGAUCUAGUACUAGGCGCAGAGGUCUUCUACGACAUCUUCCAUGUCUCGGGUCGAAUUCGAAUUGGCGAUGCACUUCCACCUCUCAUCAAUUCCACGCUCGGUUGGGUGGUUUCUGGAAGAGCCUCCAGUCCACAACCGAAAAGACCACUUGUCGCAAACGUUGCCUCCAUCGCCGAUCUGUCUCAGAUAAUGGAACGUUUUUGGACAAUCGAAGAAGAAACUUCGUCACCAUCCUAUUCCGUCGAGGAAGCCGCAUGUGAAGCACACUUCCAGCAAACCGUUUCUCGAAAUCAGCAAGGUCGAUACAUCGUUCGCCUACCGGUGAAACCUGACGUCUUAACUUCACUAGGCGACAACCGUCGCACUGCCGUACGAAGAUUUCGCAUGAUACAACAGCGAAUGGGAACCGAUCCACAACUUCGUAUACAGUACGUCGACUUCAUGAAUGAAUACCACGCCUUGGGACACAUGCAAAAGGUCGCCGACUACGAAACACCUCCCAAACCUUGCUACCAUCUUCCGCACCACGCCGUUGUCCGAGAGGAAAGUACGACCACCAAAGUACGCGUCGUUUUUGAUGCGUCGUGUAAAACUAGCCAAGGACGUUCGCUAAACGAUGCACUCAUGGUGGGACCCAUCGUCCAGGAGGAAAUGAGGUCCAUCAUUAUGCGAUCGAGAACCCGCCGCAUCAUGUUGGUUGCUGAUGCAAAGCAGAUGUUUCGUCAGAUUCUGGUUGAUGAACGCGACACCCCGUUGCUGCGCAUUGUAUGGCAAAUUUCUCCCGACUUACCCUUGGACACGUACGAAUUGAAAACGGUAACCUAUGGGACAGCAUGCGCACCUUUUCUAGCCACAAGAGUUCUACAACAGUUGGCUGACGACGAGCAAGACAACUUUCCCCGAGCUGCCGAAGUACUGCGAAAGGAUUUCUAUGUAGACGACCUUUUCUCCGGAGCAGACAGCGAAGAAGAAGCCAUCGAACUUCGUGAACAGCUCGACACUCUUCUUUCCAAGGGAGGAUUUACCCUACGCAAAUGGGCCUCCAACAUUCCUGCAGUUCUCCAUGAUGUCUCUCCCGAUAAUCGAGCACUACAACCAUCUGUAGAUUUCGAUCGUGACCAAUGCAUAAAGACGCUGGGACUGCAUUGGGAACCCUCUACCGAUUGCCUCCGCUAUCGUAUUUGUCUCUCCCCCGACCCUGUAGAAGCUACCAUCACCAAACGAACAGUGCUCUCUAAAAUUGCACGACUUUUCGAUCCGAUUGGAUUAGUCGGACCUGUGGUAACAUCGGCAAAACUCUUUAUGCAAGAGCUGUGGACGCUGAAAAACAACAACGGUGAAGCCUGGGGCUGGGACGAGGAAUUACCAGCAGCGAUCAAGGAGCGUUGGCUGGCCUACUGUGAACAACUACCUCGGCUUAAUGACCUGCGAAUCGAGCGAUGGGUCAUCUGUUCUACACCGACGUCGAUCCAACUGCAUUUCUUUUCAGACGCUUCAAAGAAUGCAUAUGGUGCAUGCUGUUAUAUUCGUUCAGCAAACUCUUCCGGCACCAUAAAGGUCGCACUACUAACAGCACGAUCUAGAGUUGCACCUCUUAAGCAGCAAAGCAUCCCCCGCUUGGAGUUGUGCGGAGCCCUCCUCGCAACAGAACUGUUCCAGAAGGUCAGAGCAUCACUGAACCACACCGGCGAAGUCUACUUUUGGGUGGACUCAACAAUCGUACUCAGCUGGCUGAAAGCACCACCUACAACUUGGGUUACAUUCGUCGCCAACCGCGUCUCAAAAAUACAACAAGCUACUCAGCACUGUGCUUGGAAUCAUGUCGUUGGUCAACUCAACCCAGCGGACUGCAUUUCCCGAGGAACAGAGGUGGAAACCAUCCUGCACAACGACCUGUGGUGGAGCGGACCACCAUGGCUGCAUCUCGAACCCUCUUCAUGGCCCAACCAGCUGACGAGCAAUAUUACAAACGAAAUUGCGCUUCCCGAAGCACGCAAACUACCACUGGCAGCGACUGCAAUAACCACCGAGCCUUCGUUCGUCGAUGUACUAGUGAGCAAGUUUUCGAACUACUUCCGUCUUCUACGCGUCGUCGCAUAUUGUCGCCGGUUCAUACGGAACUGCAAGCCAUCUGCACAAACAACACAUUCCUUCCUCAGCUCAGAAGAACUUGGAGAAGCCGAAGCUACCGUCAUCCGAUUGGUCCAGCAACAGUCCUACAACGAAGAAUGGAAAACUCUACAAAAAUUACAACCAGUUUCGCUCAAAUCCAAACUCCGUUGGUUUCAACCCUUUAUCGAAAGCGAUCAACUAAUGAGAAUCGGCGGCCGCCUAAAUCAAGCCCCUCAACCUUUCGAUAGUAAGCACCAAAUUAUCCUGCCAGCAAAGCACGGCUUGUCCACUCUUCUACUUCGUUCGCUGCAUGAAAAGCAUCUGCACGCCGCCCCUCAGCUUCUGGUCAAUAUCCUCCGCCUGCGAUACUGGAUCACAGGGGCCAGAAACCUGGCAAAAACUAUCGUCCACAAUUGCGUCACCUGUGUAAGAGCCCGUCCAAAACUGCUGCAGCAGUUUAUGUCAGAGCUACCUGCCUCACGAGUUACAGCAAGCAGACCAUUUUCCAUCACCGGCAUCGAUUACUGGGGUCCAAUUUCACUCCAACCCCCACACCGUCGCGCCGCUCCCAGAAAGGCUUACGUCGCGGUGUUUGUUUGUUUCUCGACUCGGGCGGUACAUUUGGAACUGGUUGCCGAUUUGACUACCGCCAAGUUCUUGCAGGCUCUCAGACGUUUCGUAGCACGACGAGGACUUUGCAACGAAAUCUAUUCCGACAACGGGCGGAAUUUCAUCGGUGCAGCUAACGAGCUACGCAAAAUGAUCCAAAGCAAGGAACACCAUAGAGCCAUCGCAGACGAAUGUGCAUUCCACGGCAUCCGAUGGCGCUUCAACCCUCCCAAGGCAUCACACUUUGGUGGUCUGUGGGAGGCAGCAAUCCAAUCCGCGCAGAAGCAUUUUGUGCGGGUUCUUGGCACUAGCACACUCGCUCACGACGACAUGGAGACGCUGUUGUCGCAGAUAGAAUGCUGCUUAAACUCACGCCCGAUUAUCCCUCUGAGCGACGAUCCGACAGAUUACGACGUGCUUACUCCUGGACACUUUUUGAUCGGGUCUGCGCUCAAAUCUGUUCCAGACGUUGAUGUCUCCGAAAUCCCAAGCAACCGAUUAGCCAAGUGGCAGCAAAUCCAGAAGAACUUCCAAAUCAUCUGGAAGAGGUGGCACUUGGAGUACUUAGCCACCUUGCAACCGAGAACGAAGUGGUGCAAUCCGCCAAUCGUAUUGGAGAAGGGUCAACUAGUCCUCCUUAUGGACGAAAAAACUCCGCCUAUGGCCUGGCCAACAGCGAGGAUCGUAGAAUUACAUCCUGGAGCAGACGGAAACACACGGGUGGUCACUCUCCGCACCGCCCACGGCACCUACACUCGCCCCGUUAGCAAGAUUUGCUUACUGCCGAUUCCAUCAUCCAACGAGAAAUCAUCAAAACAAACCAUUCGUCCAGAAGCAGAAUCAAAACACCAACAAUAA